GGAUUCGGUAGGUUGAUAAAAGGUCCAGGGGACGCCGAGGAACAUUGCAAACGCGACGUCGCAAACAAACUACAACACGACAACCCACACAGCCAUGGCAUCCAACGCUGCAACUGUCCGGCAUGCUCGCCGCGAAGACGUCCCCGCCAUCCUCCAACUUAUCCGUGAGCUGGCCGACUACGAGCACGAGCUGGACAGCGUCGAGGCGACCGAGGCCAAGCUGCUCGAGACCAUCGCCUUUGCCCUCUCCUCCGACGACAACCCCGACCCAUCCGCCACCAGCGGCCUCCUCCCGCAGACCGAACCCACCUCCCCUUCCAAGCCGGCCCGCUGCCUGAUCCUGACCACCCCGGCCGGCGUCCCCGCGGGAAUCGCCCUGUACUUUUACAACUACAGCACCUGGCGCGCCCGCCCGGGCAUCUACCUUGAGGACCUGUUCGUCAGCCAAAGCGAGCGCGGCAAGGGCUACGGGAAGCGCCUGCUGGUCGAGCUGGCGAGGGAGGUCGUGGCUAUGCAGGGCGGCCGGCUCGAGUGGAGCGUGCUCAAGUGGAACGAGCCGUCGAUCAAGUUCUAUGAGAGCAUCGGGGCGAAGAUGAUGAGCGAGUGGGUGGGCAUGCGCGUGGAUGGCGAGGGGCUGAAUAAGUUGGCGACGUUGUUGGGCUGAGGCGACAGCGCGAGCUGUCGAGUCAGAGAGGGAAUUUCCCUGCUUGCCGGGUUGGUGAGUUGAGAAAAGAAUUAUCGGCAAAUGGCUCUGCAUCGCUGCUCAUGUUUUCGCCUUGCCUCCACCUUUGGGCUGCGCCGGUUCUGGGAAAUCCGUGAAAAACUCCAUGGCACCUGCGCUGGCCGGAGCAGGCCGAAACUCUUCCUUUCCCCAAGUGAUGUGCCAGCCACGGCCGCCCGGCUUCUUCUCCAUGGUCGCGGUCAGCUGCCAGAUGCCUCCAAGCAAGCGACGCCACAUCCGUG